CCAAUGAACCCCACGCGAGUCUGAGCUGACUCAGCUGAGAGGGUUUUAGCACGCAAGGUCUCUGCCUUCUGUUCUGUCUCCUUCCUAAGUCUCCUUCCUAAGAAGAAAAGGAAUCGCGAACUGGAGAAAGGCGAGCGAAAUGGCAUCCGCUGCCUGUGCCAGGAGAGUGGUUCGUUCCUCGUUAGGAAGCAGCAGCUGCAGGGCAUUCAUCGGAGCGAGAAGCACCGGUGUGACUGCCUCCUCCCCAUCAGUCGCUCGCUUCCCUCUCCUGCGGCGGCAGUCCAAUGUCUCAUGCCUUCCUAGAGUUUUGGGUCCUGUUUCUUCUUUGAUGCCUCUGCACACCGCAACUGCAACGGCUUUGAUGACUUCCAUGCUUUCUGUGAAGUCUAGGAACUGGGGGUGGCUGUCAGAAGGUUUUGCUACACCACUGUAACAUGGCCGGACUAGUGAUACUGUGAUGGGAUCUGUGGGAUUAGUGAACUCAGUUUUGUAAUCAGUGGUAUUUGCCCAUUGAAGAAUAUGUUUCUAGCUUCAGAAGCAAUGUUGCUUGUCUGAGUACUUAAAUCCAGAAAAAACGUUUGGAGGAUGCUGAUGGUUGCUAGCUUUUCUAGCCAAAAUUGUCAGCUGCUAUACUCAUCCAAGAAUAAAAUUCAUGUCCACUUUGUUUCUUU